AUGACAGGAGACUAUGUGGUGUUGGGUGAAUUCCAGAUGCUUCCAGUGGAGUCCACUGGAAAACUGUCAGCCAAUUUCACAACAUGCACAGCUGCUUUAGAAGCUUUGGGUGCUCGGGUCCACAAACGGAUGGUCAUCAGAGAUGCUACGGUACACCUGCGCUGCUUGGGCGAUCUGAAGGCCAGCCUUGAUGAUGCCCAUUCUACGACAGACAAAAUGGAGAUGAUAACUGACCACAUAGCUGCUAUGCACUCAGAGGAUAUCAUCAAGGAGAUCCAGCCAGCCGUGGAGACCUCUCUGGCGAUGGUGCUGGAAGACGUGGCCAACAAGUUCCUCAAGCACAUACCCUCGGAAAUGGUCUUCCCGAACUAAGGAUAUGCCAAUACAAGUCGCAUUUAAAUCAUCAUCAUAUCAGCCACAGGACCACUGCUAAACAUAGACCUCCCCUAAUGAUUCCCAGAUUGGCCAGUUGGUAGCGGCCUGCAUUGCAGCGCCUUCCCGCAACCUUUAUAAGGUCACCUUGCAUUUAAAUAUAAAAACAG